AUGAGUGUUAAUCGCCAAAGUACGUCAUUCAAUUCGUCAGAAAUAUCUUCUCAAUCAGAAAACACGGAAAACGCAGAUACUUUUAAAAUAAAAAACUAUGUGAAAGACAGUUUGAAGUCGCGAGUUUUUUUGGGUCGUUACAUCGAAAGACGACUGGCAGAUAAAGACAUCGGUUAUCGGGACGUAGUGGUAAUUAGCCCAGCUGAAGUUGAAUUAAAAGCGGAUUUGCUAGAUAUACGACGUAAAUUACAUGCCAUCGCACCUAAUAUACGUUGGAUAGGUAUAACAGAAACAGAUAUCUUAGGAUAUCAUUCUACAGGUGUGUGCCUGUGGACAGAAAUUGAAAACCAACCCUUUGGCCCCUUCUGGUUCCAAAUAAAGACUUUAAAGUUUAGAGAGGAUGAAAUUAUUGUAGUGGUCAAAUGUUUGAGACAUAUAACAGAUGCAUUUUUAGAAAUAGAACCAGUUUUAACUGAUUCUGCAAAAAAAGUUAUGGACACUUCAGAUAAGAAGCUCGAUUGCAGUGUUGCAUCUCUCAAUGAAACAUAUGUUGAUUUUAUGGGAACAAUGAAGAGUUUUCUAUCAAUUACCAAUGUCAAGGAAUUUAUAACUUUCUUAUUUGCAUUUGUAAUUGCAAUUUUUACAGGGAGUACUUCUUUUGUUAACUUCCUUGGCAACUUUAUUUUAGCAUUAUUAAGAGAAAUAUCUAUAUUAAUUAAAAACUCUACUCCAAUGUUCCUUGGCUUACUAGAUUUCUUUAGUAAAAUUGUUGGUGGCUUUUAUAUAUUGUUAGCAAUGUUAUUCAAACAGAAUGUUCCUAUUCCAACUGACAAACGUUCAGUACCAUAUCAUGAUAGGUCUCGCAGAAGUCAUUACAGGUACGACAAUCAAUUUGAUUGA